AUGUGUUGCAACUAUUAUAGGAACUCCUAUGGGGGCUGUGGAUAUGGCUCUUGCUAUGGUUGUGAAUAUGGCUCUGGCUAUGGUUGUAGAUAUGGCUGUGGCUAUGGCUGUGACUAUGGUUCCAGAUAUGGUUGUGGCUAUGGCUGUGACUAUGAGUCCAGGUAUGGCUGUGGAUAUGGGUCUGGCUAUGGCUGUGGCUGCUAUAAUUACCAACCAUUUUGCUACAGAAGAUGCUAUUCCUCUCGCUACUAG